AUGUUCGGCACACCUGACCCUAGAUAUAACACACAAGAGAUGAAGAGUCCAAGUUCACAGCUACAUAGUGCUGCAAUAUUUCCAUCUCCGGCUUUUUUAUGGAGGUUCAAGGUACUACUUUUCAUGAUAUGGGGAUUCAGUUGUUGCAAGAUUGGAUGGGAUUCUGUCAUGAGGAUGAGUGCAGAUUUGCGUAAUUUGUUCUUAUAUGAGGUGUUUUUGUAUUAUAACCCUCUCCUCAUAGUGACCUUGAUGGUUUGGCUCUGGGGAGUUAACUUAUGGGUUUUUUCACAGUCCAAUGUUGGUUAUGCAAAAAUAUUUGAUCUUGAUCAAAAUCACCUCACUCACAAAGAAAUAUGGAAGUGUAGCACUUGGAUGACAAUCACUGUCCCUACUAGCAUGACCGCAUACCUUUAUUUUUACUCCAAUGGAAAUAUAUCAUUGGCAGCAUUACAACCAGUAUCCCUGUAUAUUGCUGUUGCUAUGGUUCUGAUAUCCCCCUUUGAUAUUUUCUAUUUGUCAUCUCGUUACUUCUUGUUAAGGACACUAUGGAGGAUAGCUCUUCCAUUGCAGGCAAUAUCAUUUCCCGACUUUUUUUUGGCUGAUAUCCUUACUUCUAUGGCAAAGGUGUUUUCUGAUUUGGAACGUUCGGUUUGUAGAAUGGUUCAUAGGCAGGUUGCCACUAUCGCAUGGCUUGAAGCUGAUUCAGUUUGUGGCAGCCACUCAAUUGCAAUCCCUCUAGUGCUUGUUUUUCCUUAUCUUUGCCGUUUAUUUCAAUGUCUUCGUCAAUUCAAGGAUACAAAAGAAAAGACAACCCUUUUCAAUGCUUUAAAAUAUUCGACUGCGGUCCCAGUGAUUUUUCUUUCGGCCCUUAAAUAUCAUGUCUUCCCUGAUAGGUGGACAAACUUCUACUCCCCACUUUGGCUUCUGUCAAGUGUUGUUAACUCCCUCUAUUCCUUCUACUGGGAUAUAGCUCGAGAUUGGGACUUGAGUGGUUUCUCUCGGAUUUUCAAGUUCAGCAGAUCGAGUAUGCUUUCGAACAUGUUCUAUGGACGAAAAUGGGUAUAUUUCUGGGUAAUAGGAAGCAACCUGGUUCUGCGAUGCACAUGGACGUACAAAUUGUCUUCUCAUCUCCGUCACAACUACUUGACAGUGUUUACAAUCACUGCAUUGGAGAUUCUUCGGCGCUUUCAAUGGAUAUUUUUUCGGGUUGAAAAUGAGUGGAAUAAGAUUAGCAGGUCAAGCCUUGAUCAGCUUCUUCCCAUGACUGGCAUCCAAGCAGAAGAAGAGAUGUUAAUUGAAACCAACAACCACAUUGUCUGA